GUAGGCAAAGUAGAUGAAGAAAAAUAAAAGAUUAAAAAGAGCCUAAAACUGAAACUACACAACCAAAAAUGCCUUUCCUCUUUUCUUCUAAAACUUUGGAUUGCCCAUCAGCAGCUCCUAAUGUCCAUGCCCAAAAUGUUCUAAAGGAAUGUGACACUAUAAUUCCAGCAACCAAACGUGAUUCUUCUCGUCAGAGUCCUUCAAUUUCCUCAUCAUCCUCCAUUUCAUCAUGUUCGUCUUUAAAUUUCCCCGAUGACUUGCCUUCUAGUCCGGCCACCCCACUUCGAUUUUCCGGAAUCCCAUUUUCUUGGGAACAUUUACCAGGAAUUCCUAAAAAUUUAAGUCAUAAGAAAAUGGACUCCACAUUAGUCAAAGUCCUUCCAUUGCCUCCUCCUCAUGCCUUACCUCAAGCCUCAAAAAGAUUUAAUUUAGAGGAAACUGGUAUUCGAAAAAAGAUUUCCAAUGAGAAUUUCAGAAAGGAUCCAUUUUUCGCAGCAUUAGUAGAAUGUUCAAAGGGUGAUGAUGAUCAUGAAGAAUCUACCAGUAACUUCUGGAAUGGUACUAAGGUGUCAAGAAGCAUUAGUGACAGGUUUGGUUUUAUAAAUCUUUACACUUCUUGUAAAAGAACUUGUGCUGUUUCUGAAUCAAUAGUAUACCUUCCAAGAUCAAGCAGAGAAAAUUAUGAUCUAAUUACUCGCCGUCGAUCUCGCUAAACUUAAGAUCAUCUUCUGGGAUUUGGGUUCAUGUUCUUGUAUAAGUUGAAGGUAUUUUAAGUACUACCUUGCUUGUUUUUGUUAAUUUUUUUUUUCUGGGUUUUUUUUUUUCUUCGUAUGUGAGGACAAGAAUUGAAGUAUAUGUCCCCAAAAGCAUAAUUAAGUUAUUGUAAUAUGUUAAUAUAACUUGGAAAAAAAAAAAAGAAUUAAAGAUUUGGUAGCCUGUUUUUGUUUCA